AUGUACCCAUGUGAGCUUCGGGAGGGGACAAGUGGUGUGGCGCACAUCAUUUCAGGUCGAGCCUGGACCUGUUCACACCAUCCAAACUGCGGCGACGACGAGAUGCCGUCGCCUCGCGAGCUGGUGGCUGCGUGCAUGGACCACAUCGCGCUCGAAGGCGGCGCGGGGGUCUCUGUAGCGGACCUCUUCUCUUCAGUCGAUCCGCACAACGACGUGCUCGUUCGGCGCCACGUGUGGCGUCUGCUACGCUCGAAUCGGGGCGCCCUGCGCUUCUUUCGAAGCUCCACAGCGUCAGUCAGUCCCGCUAUCAGCAAGAAGCGGCCGCGGCCAGGAUCUCCCAGUGAUAUGGACAGUGAAGAGAGGGACUUGGCGAUGAAGCGGGAGAUGCUGGAGGCGCAUCGAGUUGGUGGCGCUGCUGCUACUGCUACUGCUGUUGUUGCGGCAGAAAUGGUGCCGGUGGAGCUGUCGGAAGAGGAGCUGGAGCUGCUCACGUACGAUAAAGUGGUGCAGGAGCAGCAGCAGAAGAAGAAGGAGCUUAUUGUGGCAGCGUGUGAAGAGCUGCGCCAUCGAGCGCUCAAUAUCCCGGUGAAGGCCAUUGCUGCUGACCUCGGAGACGCUCAUUUCCGGAUUCUUGAAGCUGUUGGCCGCGCCCGGGUGCAGGGCGUCACGGUGUCGUCGCUGAUUGAUCUGUUGCGAGGCGGCAACGUCAAGAGGCUGCACAAUUCUCUUGACACGUUGAUCUCAUACAGUUUGGUCGUCAAGAGGAUGAUGAUCGUCGCGCGUCCAGUGAUGCGACGACUGAACAUCAUCCACUUACCGCGAUUUGCAGCCGAGUUCAAGCCGCAGAUGUUUGACGAGUCGGCUGAUUUUGAGUCGGACGAGCAGAGCAAGAAGAUCUUGUGUGCAGCUGCGGAGACGUACUUGAAAGGACUGCCGACGCAUUCGUCGGUGCUGUCGGAUCUUGGACGGGACCUUAGUUUGCACAAGCGGCACCUGGAGGUGCUGCGCUCACAUAUUGUGCAGGAAUGUAAGGUAGACGAACACUUUCCGCUAGAGUUGUUUCAGGCAGUCUUGCAGCCGACGCGACGUGCGAGUCUCGAAGCUAAAAUUUUAAAUUGCGUGCGGUACAAGCCUCCAAACACGGAAAAAAACUCGGUCUGCCGUCGAGGUAUUGUUUUGGAGCUCGGGUUGCUUCGUCAGAUCUAUGGCAUCAUUGAAGACAGCGCCGAAAACGGUGCCACCAUUAUCGAUCUGCGUAAUCAAAUUGUGCUUCCUGGGAGCAAGUUGCCGUAUAAGUUGGUGAGCGUGUUGGCGGGAAUGUACAGCUUGAAAGCCGAAUCGGUCAUUCUGGGGAAAAACAAGGCGUUCCGACUGUACCUGGACACGAUGACACCGAAUGCGGCUUCAUCUUCAGCAGACGUCGCAGACAGUCCAUUGGUGUCAUCGACCCAGUCGAAAGAAGGUGCGAGUGGGGAAACAGCUGCUAAAGUGAAGGCGGAGGGGGCAUACACUGUUCGAUCCACUAAGGCGCUAAAAGUGGCUCUUGGAGCGGAAGUGGAUGGCACCAGUGCUCGACGUCGUGAGCACAUCUUGGGACGGCUCGAGGAUGAAAAGAUCAUCAGUUUGUCGUCAUUGUGUGCGAGUGUGUUCAGCAUGGAGAAGCAACGCGCGGAAAUGAAUGUCAUAUCGAAUUCAUCCAGCUCAGGUGGCGAUCUCACUCUUUUCAAUAAUGGAAGCAGUCCGAUGCUCCCUGCUGCCGUGGGGAAAGUAGAUGCUCGAUCGAUUUUCCGCAUUGCAGCUGAACUAGAAACCGCGCAAAAGUUACGACUUUUGCAGCUCCCAUUGCCUGCUCGUAACGUGUCAACAAAAUUUCGUGCUCUGCGUUGUGUUGUUGCCCCGGGGUAUGAGCAGGAUGACUUGUUUAUUCAAGGUUAUGUCAAGAACUACUGUCGUGACGAGCGUUUGCGGCGAAUCUACCGGAACACGGAUAAAAGUCAAGUUGUUCGUUUCCAUGCACAUGGAAGCGACAACAGCGAUGUGGUGGAGCAUAGGCCAGUUCGAAAGAGAAGGAGGCGGCGAACGAAGUCCAAGGUGUCGGAUGCAAAGACUGAUGAAUUCACAAUGGAAAGUACAGCUUUGGACGCUGCGCCUGAGAGCAAGGAUGCUAGUUCUGGCGCAAUUCCUCAGGCUCCUGCCGUCGAAUCGAAGGUUUGCAAUCUUGCUUCGCCUGAAAUUAGCUACAAGAUUUGGCGUUUUGUGAGUCAGCAGAAGUCCAGGAUUCACAACCAGCAGUACAGGAAGCUCGGGUUUGCAUACGGCGUCAUGUACCGGUGUAAAGUUCUGCAUCGUUUUUUAUGGAAAGUUUUGCAUGAGAACGGGUCGAGCUUACAGCUUCCGGGUGAUGAUAGCGAUCUGAUUAGCCCAGACUUAAGUUUCGAAAGAGAUGACGGCCACACGAUUGGCGGUCAAAAGCAGCAACAGCAGUCGACACCAGGGAUCGUGUUUUCCCGCGAAUCGGUGUUGCACUCGAUGCCCUUGUAUUUAUACAUUCAAGUUUUCUCGGGUGGGGCGAUUUUGACAGGCGCUGAGUUUGCUGUGGUCGAGGAGGCCAUUGAGCAUCGGCGCACGUUUAAAGCGAUUCCGGAGGCACUGCGCAAAAAGAUCUGGAGUCAUGAAUCUCAGCGUACCGCGAAGGUGUUGGGCACUCUGGCCGAUCUGGGUCUGGUCUUACCGCACAAGAUUGGAAUGAAACACCUCGUUUCGAUCCUUCGAGCAGGGUACACCGACGGGCGCGACGGUGUGCUUUCUCGUGCGCUGAACGAAAAUGCACUUGGUGGACUUUUUCGCUUUAACAAGCAGGCUCGGAUUCUUUUAGACGAAGACAGCAGGAAUGAUGGCUUCGUAUUUACUGAUGGCCGGUUGGGCUCAUCCGACUUUAUCUCGAUUCGCGCCGCUGGAUUUACGGAGAAGACGUAUAGCUUUGGAAAUUUGUUGCCAUUGCAAUUUUCUUUCGAGUCAAUAUGCGAUGUUGAUCGCUACUGGGAGGCUCUCGAGUGUCUAUGCCUUGAACAGAUGACAACAGAAGUGGACAACCCGCGAAAAAAUGAACCAGUUGUGUGUGGGGUGCCCAAACCAGUAAAAACCCGUGCCCGACGCAUGAUGCGUAUUCUCGCCUGGAUACCAAAAUCUAGGAAAGUUGUACCGAAACAUAAGCGUGGAGAUGGUAGCGAAACGACUCAUUGUAAGAGUAGCGGUAUUGUGUCUACCAAUGUCCGACUUCGCAGGAAACGGCGACUGUCUCAACACGGGGACGAACUGAGUAGUGAUCACAACGUACAAGGACGUAAGAAGAAGAAGCACCGGAACAGUUCGGGAGACGAGGACCGGUCAAAGUCAGGAGUGCUCACGUGGACUGAGGUACACGAGAAGCUGUUGGUGGAUUCCUUCAUUGAAAGCAGCAAAAGCCGGUGGAGAAUAACUGUUCCUCAAGGUUUGCAGCGCGACAACGAGCAAGUUGCGUUUCGAAAUUCCACGAUCUCACGGACUGGUCUGGGUCUUGUGGCCAUCACACGGAAACUUGGCAAGCGAAAGAUUGACGUGAAAAAGCGGCUGAAGGAAAAAUUGAUGGAGCCUGUCGUAAAACUUUUGUUUGAAAACGCAAAGCAAGAAGCCCAACUUACUUAUAACCCCAGUGGGUUAUUUGACGAGGAAUUUGCGAUACAAGGGUCCACGAGGCUUACAGCACUAUUUCGGCGCGCUGUGAUGAUGAUUGUGUCACCACGAGAAGAGUAUCAUCCACUCGUUGCUGAAGAAUUAAUUUCGUACUGGACGCCACACGAGAUUCGACUAGUUUGGCGAUACCUUUGGCUGAAGAACUGGAUCGUCCGAGCGUCCGAAAAAGAGCGGGGUCGUGGUUACUCUACGAGUCAACGACUGCAAGACUCGCUUAAAGUGUCUACGUUGUCCUACCCCUUGCUGCUAUUUCAGCAGGCUGCAGAGCGGGAGAGUAUAAUUUGCUCCGCGCUGGAGGAACUUACAGCUGGCUCCAAUGAGGCGAGGUACCGUGGUGGACUUCAUGAAAGUGAUCAACUCUUCGAAGACGAUUUCCCGGCUAACGCCACCCCUGGCCAGUGUGCUCUCGAGCUAGGCUGUCAAGUACUGGGCACGUGCUCGCUUGUGGCGGUUCAAUCUUUGGUUUCAGAUCUCGACACAGAGGUUGAAGAUGCGUUUGAAGCACAAUCUAAAAAUGGCAAGCGACUACCGAGUCCCAGUAAGCGAAGAACUCUCAUGACUUGCAACGGCUUGAAAGAUAGGUCUGGCUUCUUUGCACACUUGGCUAGUAAGGUAAAUGUCGCCAAAUCAUCAGAUCUCAUUGAUACUUGGAGCGUGGAGACCAAGAUGCAUGCAGUGACGGCAGAGAAUGCAAUCCCGUUCAGUACAUGCGAAGCAUUUUCUAUGGAGGAAGCCGAUGACAGAGGUGACCAGGAAGCAGUCGCGUGCCACAUUUUUCUAGAUCACAAGGAACCCGAGAAUACGAUGAAGAAAACAGUGCUGGACCAUGUGUGUCAAAGUGGUGAGGAGGGGCUGACGUUGUCAGCUUUGGUGGAAAAGCUGCGCUCGAGCAAGGACGACGAGGUUUACGGUGUCCUGCACAUGCGCGUGGCGCACUGUCUCAAUUCUCUUGUUGAUCAGGGUGUCCUUAUUUGCGUUAAUGCAUACUUCGAUCAACGCUACAUUUCAAAGGAGCAUGGGGAUUUGUGGCUACUGCGGCCGUUCUCGCUGGUUCCGGGUGCCAGCUAUUUGUUGACGCCUCAAGUUGUGUUUGAAGGCGAGAAGGAUACUCUAUCGUUUCCGUGGUUAAAGAUGAACGGUGGAGCAAAUUAUAAAUUCCUGUUUGCGAUCCAGCGCAAGUUGCUUGCACUGGUGAUUCAGGCACCGGGUAUCACUGAGAAGCGUGCCCACGCUAAGGUCGGUAAACUGCUGUCGCUGCAGGAUACACGCGAGGCGAUGUCGCUGCUUGUGGUGGACGGGUUGGUCUAUGUUCGUGCAGUCACGAAUGCUGCAGUCCGAGCUACUGGUCUGUUUACAUCAUCGGUCACUCAGCCCUCGAAUCAUAAGGUUAUUAAGCCAGUCGGCAGUGUGCUGGCCUGCGACCGCUCAGUUUACGAAGUGCACUACUUCCCCCACGUUGAGUGCGUCCAGCGAUUCGGAAGCAUUGUACAGGACUACCAGAACGAAGCAUUUCCGAAUGACAGGCUGUAA